UUUUGGUGUCAUUCAAUAAUUUAAUUCCAAGAAGAGCAGUAGGAAAAAGCAUUCACAUAAUUUUUCCGCAUACAAAAGAAACAAAUGUUUGAAUAAUUUUAAUCUCUUUUUUACUUUGAUUGUUAAUCAAAUAAAGUUAAUAACACUCCUGACGUUUAUUACCCAUUAAAUUUAAGAAAUGAUGAGAAAUAAUCAGGAAAGAUGAUUGUUGCCAAAGAAGCUGAAUUUUCAAGAGGUUUUUGGUUAGAAAUUUUAUUUCGAGCAUUCCUGGCUGUGAUAUUUUUGAAGCUGGAAGAUGCAGAACCUUUUGAGAGGAAAAUUCAUCCUGAAGAAUUGUGGUUGUACAAAAAUCCCCAAAAAGAGGAUUAUGUACCAACAAAUGUUUUAUGGCCUCUCGUCUUCAUUCCACCAUUUGCUAUAAUUGUGAUUACAUUCCAAAUAACGAAGGAUAAGUUUGAUCUUCGUCAAGGAGUCCUUUCUUCGACACUAGCUCUAUCUUUAAGCGGAAUAAUAGUAGAUAUUUUAAAAUUAAUUGUCGGUAGACCGAGGCCAGAUUUUUUCUGGCGUUGUUUUCCUAAUGGAGACACAAAUUCAGAAUUAAAUUGUAAUGGCGAUCGUGAUGUUAUAAAGGAAGGCAGAAAAUCAUUUCCAAGCGGACAUUGCUCGUUUGCGUUCGCUAGUUGCGGAUUUAUUGCCUUCUAUCUAGCUGGAAAAUUACGCACAUUCGCAAUUAGUGGAAAGGGAUAUUCAUGGAAUUUGUGUGCAUUUUUAAUUCCAUUGGGAAUUGCACUUAUUGUGGCCUUGAGUCGAACUUGUGACUAUCAUCAUCAUUGGCAAGAUGUCUUAAUUGGAUCUCUCAUUGGAUUUGGAAUUUCUUAUCUUUGCUACAGACAUUACUAUCCAUGUUUAGAUUCGCAAUUUUGUCAUCGACCGUAUUUAAUAGCCGUUAAUUGAUCAGUAAUUAAUUUAUUAUUUAUUUUAGAUGAACUAAUUUAUUAUUUAUUAGAUAUGAAUUAAUUUAUUUAGUAUUAAUUAAUUUAUUAGAUAUUAAUUAAUUUAUUUGAUAUUAAUUAAUUUAUUUCCUACUGUGUGAUAAUUUUUUCAGUCCGAAAUGUUUCAGUAUUUAUCAUCCAAAUAUAUUUAAAUAUGUGAGUAUUUUUAAUGAGAAUUUGAAAUUUGACACGCUCCGAAGAACUUGGGAAAUAAUUUUAAGGUUAUGUUUGUGUUACUUUUACACCUUAUUUAAAAGAUUCGGGGUUUAAUUUUCAACUAAAAUCGAUUUUAUUAAUUAUUUUAGACGUAACAAAAAAUAAUAUUAGUAAUUUACAUUGAGAGUUGAUCUCCUUUUGUAUAUUUUCAUAUUCUGGAGAUUUCAAACAUAACCUAAUUUUUUACUUCUCGUUUCUGCGGAGCGAGUCACAAAUAUUCGACUAUUUUUCAAUAAAUAAAUUAAGGUACUAAUUUUA